GACCUUAGCAUAUAUAAUCACGUUCGCGACCCCUUGCGACAGAUUCGCACGGACUGCCGAAACGGAAGGAUAGCACUAUGAAACUGUUACUCGCCUUUCUCGCCAUUCUGGCGAUUUCGUGUGCCGAUGAAGACGGCUCGGCAAGUAUAAUUGAAGACUCUGAAGCUGUCGCUUCAGUGGAACUUCUGAAAACUGCAGCAGACACCAAAGCGGCAUCCAACUACGUGCUUCCUAGCCAGAGGCCCCCCAGGGGCUGGAAUGCCCCCCAGAUCGGUCAGCAGAACAACUGGAACCAGCCACAAAGCUGGACUCCACCUUCAACAAGCGGAUUAACUCAGCCACCCAAUAACUACUGGAAUCAGAAUCAAAACCUGGUUGGCCAGUGGCCAUCUCCUGACGCUUGGAAACCAGACGGCAGCGCCUGGAACCAGAAUCAGUGGACUACUCCACCCACGUGGACCGCGGCGCCGAGCUGGAGCCCGCCCAGCGUUCCCGGGUGGCAAAACCCGUCCAAACCGCCGGUUCAGCACGAUCAGCCCACCAACUCGUGGACCGUUCCUCAGCAAACCACCACGCCUGUCGCCGUAAUCAAGAACGACCAGUAUUAUGGAGAAAACGGCAGCUACAAAUAUGAGUACCAGAUCGCCGACGGCACCCAUGUAGGCGAAGAGGGCUACCUCAUUAACCCGAACACCGACAACGAGAGCCUAGUGAAGAAGGGCUGGUACUCGUACGUCGGUGGGGACGGCAAGACCUACACCGUGACUUGGUGGGCUGAUGCUAGUGGGUUCCACGCGUCUGGAGACCAUUUGCCCACCCCACCGCCGGUCCCGGCUGCGAUCCAGGCUGCCAUCGACCAAGCUGCAAAGGAGGAGGCAGCUAAACUCGAAGCCGAGAAGAACAAGCCGCAACAGACUUAUCCCCAGCAGACUUACCCUCAGCAGACUUACCCUCAACAGACUUACCCUCAACAGACAUACCCUCAACAAACCUACCCUCAGCAGACUUACCCCCAACAAACUUACCCUCAGCAGACAUAUCCUCAACAAAACUACCCCCAACAGACUCAAGGUAGCUACUACCCACAGCAUAAUAAACCAACUUACGGUUAGUUAAAUGCAAAUUCUUACCAAUUUCAUAUUAAUUUAUGUAAAAGAUUUGUCGUCGGAAGUUAUACGUUUACGGGCAUUUAGACGUAUUUUUUUAUUUACUAAUUAAGGAUGUAAGUAUAAGAAAUUUCAGGUACAAAUUGAUCAUGUAGGUAAUUAUAGUGCAAUAGGCUGAAGUAUAUUGUAAACCUCAAUUAAUUUCACUUAUCUAGGCAGAAGGCCUGAACUUUAAGCUCGAAAAUCUUUGUAUACUUUCCGAAAGACAAGUCAAAUAUAGGAGUAAUAAUGGGUUAAUUUCAGAUCGUUGUGAACCCCUUUAAAAAUAUGGGUCACCAGCCGGUAUAGGCGCUAAAGAAGAUUUCUGUUGGCAUAAAACGGAUCUCUUCUCUGAUCCCUUCGUGUGUCCGACGCCAUUUUGCACAUAUCUGGACGCAUGCUGUUCU